AUGACCACUAAGCCAAUGGUGUCUACUAGACUGUUGGAAUGGCAGAAUACUUGUAAAAACCCUGUGAUAAACUUAACACCUGACAGAAUCGAGCAAUUGAUAUAUGCGUAUGAUACAAAAACAAAGAAAAUCAACAGUAUAUCGACGCUACUGACAAAAUUAGAAUUGAAGAAGGAGAAGCCGCAGUCAAGGCAAGAAUCCCCUUUGGAUCUAUUGACGUAUAAAGAUGGUGGGUUUUUUAUAGAUGGAACAAGUAAUCUGAAUUUAUCCGAAGUAGAGAAUAGGAUACAUAGAUUUCUGUGGGAAAAGUAUGGAAAAGGAUUCAUUUACUGUUAUGGAUGUGACCCAAUGGGACAAAAGAGGCACACUGAGUGGUUUCACUUACCAAUCAGAGAUUUAAGUUCAGUAAUGCGUACCAUAGACGCCUUUUGUUAUUCAGGUUAA